AUGAGCUCGGAGUCUGAAAUCAAUGGCCUGGCUAUUACAGCGCAUUCCGGUCGCGAGGGACCUCCGGAUUUGCGAUUCAUCCAUUACAAUGAUGUAUAUCAUGUCGAAUCAGGGUCAUCGGAACCUAUCGGCGGGGUCGAGCGUUUCCAAACUGUCGUUGAUGAUUAUCGGUCUGCUCCGCGAUACCACAAUCUCCCAGAACUUCUCACCUUUUUCUCCGGAGAUGUCUUUAAUCCUAGCUUGGAAAGUACGGUCACGAAGGGGCAGCAUAUGGUACCAUUUCUAAACAAAAUUGGAACGGACGUUGCUUGUAUUGGUAUAGGUGUGAUUGGCUUGGGUGAACGAGAGUGGCUAGGUACAAUCAACUCGUUGCCGCCGGGUCUAAUAUAUAAGUCUGCCUCUAAGACAGCUAUUGAACUGGUUCCAAAGUUGCGGGAACAAGGUGCAGAUAUUGUUAUUGCAGUAACGCAUCAGCGUGAGCCCAACGAUAUUAAGCUAGCCAACAGUGUUCCGCCAGGCCUGAUUGAUAUUGUCCUUGGUGGCCACGAUCACUUCUACGCGCACGCGGUAAUUAAUGGCAUUCAUGUGCUGCGUUCCGGUACCGACUUCAAGCAAUUGAGCUAUGUUGAAGCAUUUCGCAAGCCGAAUUCUUCGGGCUGGGAGUUCAACAUCAUUCGCCGAGACAUCGUUCGAUCCAUCCCAAUCGAUCCAGAAACAGGUGUUCUUGUCGCCAAGCUUACCUCCGCGCUUAAAACAAAACUGGAGAAGCCUGUGGGCUACACGGCAGCUCCUCUUGAUGGAAGAUUUACGACUGUGCGAACCCGCGAGUCAAACUUGGGCAACUUCAUUUGCGAUUUGAUGCGUUUCUACUAUCACGCUGACUGUGCUAUCAUGGCUGGUGGGACGAUUCGCGGAGAUCAAGUCUAUCCUCCAGGUCUGCUCAAAUUAAAAGACGUGCUGAACUGUUUUCCAUUCGAAGACCCAGUCGUGGUUCUUAAGGUUUCCGGGCGAAACUUGGUCGACUCACUGGAAAAUGGUGUUAGUCAACUGCCCGCUCUUGAGGGUCGCUUCCCUCAGGUUUCAAACAUCACUUUCGAAUAUAGCGCUUCUGCACCACCAGGGAGUCGCGUUAACUGGGUGAAAGUGGAUGGCCAGCCACUUGACUACGAGAAAUAUUAUACCCUUGCAACAAGGGGAUACAUGGGCCGUGGAAAGGAUGGCUAUACGUCCUUGCUUGUGCAGUCGGAGGGCGGUGAAAUCGAGGAGUUGGUCAGUGAAGAAAACGGGAUGUUAAUUUCUGCUAUCAUACGCCAAUAUUUCAUGAGUUUGAAGAUAAUGGGGAAAUGGAGACGAAUGAGUCCUUCGUUGCAUAAGCACUGGGAUGGCGUUCAUUCCCGCCUACAUGCACAGUGUGGAGGAAGUUGGAUCAAAACGCCCUCCCCGGCCGCUGAGAAGAGUAAUAUAGACAUGCUGCUGAAUGCGGCGACAACCACAACAACCACUACUACACUUGAACAUCGCAUUCAACGCACACAUCAUAAGACACCGAAACGCCCUGAAAUGAGACGCUACGGCCGUUACCAUGACCGCAGCCUGAAUAAACGCCGCAAAGACAUUCAUAACCCCGACAACAAACCUUUAUCCCAUUUACCAGCCUCAUCAUAUCCUUCAUCUGACGAGUCGACAUCGACAAAACACUCCGAAGGGGCGCACAUGGACUCGGAAUCAGAUUCCGAACCCGAAAUUCUGAUCUCCUCGCACGAAGAAAUGAACUACGUAACCACCACAGCCACAUCAGCCGCAGAAGAGGAGUACCGUAUCCGACUGGCGCGGAAAGUACUCAAGAAAUGGAUGCGGCUGGCAGGAGUGCAAAGUAGCGGAUGCGUAGAUGAUGCCGGUGAGGAGUUUACACCGUCGUGGACAUGGGGCAUUGCCCCGCGAUGCGAGGGGCGGAUUUUGGUGCGGACUAGGAUUGUUGAAGAUGGCCAGCUGAAUGGGGUUGGGAGGAGGAAGGAGAAUGUUUUGAAUGGAGUAUGA